AUGAUAAUCAAAUUAGUGGAAAUAAGUGCUUCCAAAUGUUCAUCAACUUUAACAACAAUUAACGAGAAACAAUUAGAUGAUAAGUUAAAAUUAAAGACAAAUACCAAGGAGAAAAGUUUAUCAUCUUCUUCAUCUUCAUCGUCAUCGUCUUCUUCCUCAUCUUCUUCCUCAUCGAGUCGCCUUCGAACUGCAUUCACCUCAACUCAAAUUGUUCAUUUGGAACGGGAAUUCACCAGGAACAUGUACCUUUCCAGAUUGAGGAGAAUUGAAAUCGCUCAUUAUUUGGAUCUGAGUGAGAAACAAGUGAAAAUUUGGUUCCAAAAUAGAAGAGUGAAAUAUAAGAAGGAAAUUAAAUUACCACCGACAACAAUUUACUCCUCUCAUCAUCAUCAUCAUCAUCAUCCCAUGAGAUGCUCACCAUCACCACCAUCCGAUUCCCACCAUGAACAACAACAACAUAAGUUCAAUUCGUCACCACCCUUACCUCCCACUCCACCACCUCCAUCAACAACAAUGACCACUCACCUUCAUCAUCUUUCACCUUUACCAAAAUUAACAACAAUUAACCACAAUCAACAAACAAUUUGACAAAUUUCUAACAUGUAAUCAAAUUACAACUAUUUUUGUAGCAAAGUUUUUCCAUGAUUUUUUUUUCUCAAACAAUUAACACUCAAUUAAAACUCUCAUUGAUUCUUAAAUUGUCACUAUUCA